GUUCGUGGGGGGACUCGGGAGCGGAGCGGGAGGCUCUGCGGGACCCAGUCGGACCGAGCCGCUGAGGCACCGCCCGCGCCCCGCCGCCGCGUCUGGGCGUCUCCUGCGCCGCCCAGGGGAGCGAGCUUCGAGCAUCUCGCGCUGCGGCCACUCCUCGGGGCCAGGAGCAGGGAAGCCGAGUACGAGAAACCCCCAAACCCGAGCGCAGCCUCUUGCCGCCGCCCGAACCACCAUGACCCACUUCAAUAAGGGCCCUUCUUACGGGCUUUCGGCCGAGGUCAAGAACAAGAUCGCUUCCAAGUAUGACCAUCAGGCAGAAGAAGAUCUUCGAAACUGGAUAGAGGAGGUUACAGGCAUGAGCAUUGGCACCAACUUUCAGCUGGGCUUAAAAGAUGGCAUCAUCCUCUGCGAGCUCAUAAACAAGCUACAGCCAGGCUCCGUGAAGAAGGUUAAUGAGUCUUCGUUAAACUGGCCUCAGUUGGAGAAUAUCGGCAACUUUAUUAAAGCUAUUCAGGCUUAUGGCAUGAAGCCACACGACAUAUUUGAAGCCAAUGACCUGUUUGAGAAUGGAAACAUGACCCAGGUUCAGACCACGCUGGUGGCUCUGGCGGGCCUGGCUAAAACAAAAGGAUUCCAUACAACCAUUGACAUUGGCGUUAAGUAUGCCGAAAAACAAACACGACGUUUUGAUGAAGGAAAAUUAAAAGCUGGCCAAAGUGUAAUUGGUUUGCAGAUGGGAACCAACAAAUGUGCCAGCCAGGCAGGUAUGACAGCCUAUGGGACCAGGAGGCAUCUUUAUGAUCCCAAAAUGCAGACUGACAAACCUUUUGACCAGACCACAAUCAGUCUGCAGAUGGGCACCAACAAAGGAGCCAGCCAGGCGGGGAUGUUAGCACCAGGUACCAGAAGAGACAUCUACGAUCAGAAGCUAACAUUACAACCGGUGGACAACUCGACAAUUUCUCUACAGAUGGGAACCAACAAAGUUGCUUCCCAGAAAGGAAUGAGUGUGUAUGGGCUUGGGCGGCAAGUAUAUGAUCCCAAAUACUGUGCUGCACCCACAGAACCGGUCAUUCACAAUGGAAGCCAAGGAACAGGAACAAAUGGGUCUGAAAUUAGCGAUAGUGAUUAUCAGGCAGAAUACCCAGACGAGUAUCACGGAGAGUACCCAGAUGACUACCCCAGAGAUUACCAAUACGGCGACCAAGGCGUUGAUUAUUAGAGUGAUUAUUAGGAGCUCAGUGUCUAGCCCACUGUUUUUAUUGAGAACCAAGCUAGCCUUGAGUAAUUUUUAUCUUGUCUUCCUAAAACACUAUUAUGCUUAUUGUACCUAAAAGAAAUAUUGCCUUACAUACAUUCCCUUUUCCUUUUUCUGCCUCUUCCCUAAAUAGUUGCCUUUUAGUGCUGUAACCGUUCAGUCCUACAGCAGAAGCAAUAACUCGCAUAUGAAGUAAAAAGGAAUACUGUGAAAGGGGAGUACUCUUGCACAGCCAACUCUCUUAUUCAAGACCUAUGCAUUUUUACAAUCUACUUAACUGGGAUUUUCAAACAAUAGGAAGCUUUUUUUUUUUUUUUACAGUUUG